AUGAAUAAAAAUAAACUUAUUCAUGAUUUCCUGGAAGUCGUUUCCAGAGGUGAUGUGGAGCUCAUCUGUGAUCACAUUGCCCAAGUCCAUUCCACGCUUGGAAUCCUCGACUUUCAGCACCCACAGACUGGGAACACACCGCUCAUUACGGCCGCAGAAGGAAAUCUAGCAGAGGUUGUUGAAUUUCUUCUGGAAAAGGGUGCGGAUAUCACUCUCUGCAAUUACAGCAACCAAACGGCUCUCCAUGUGGCUAGCCGCGCUAUCCAGAGGCAGCUCUUGGCUAUCAGUGGAAACCAGGCUCCCCAAAGGCAACUUCUACAAAGUGCAUGGCAAGGGAAUCUCGACCAACUUCAACAUUUACUGGCAUCUGAAGAGUUCCUGGACAUUAAUUUUCCAAACCAACAUGGCCUGACCCCUCUGAUGCUUGCUGUGAGAGAUGUCGACCUGUUUGAGAGUCUUGAGCUGUCAACAGUCUACAGACCCGCUGAGGUUCUGUCUGAGCUCCUCAGGCACCAUGCAGAUCCUAAACUCUGUGAUUUCAGCGGAAAGUCAGCAAUACAUUAUGUGGCACAGAUACAGAGUUGGAGGAAACAGCAGUUAUUGGACAUCCUAAUGAAUUCUAUGCCAAAACCAGAAAAACAUGCUGAGUCAUUGCUUGACAUCUGUCACGAUGCGAACUCUUCUCCAAUGGAUGUAAUGACAGUCACCGAAACCCAAAACAUAAUCUUGCAAAGUAUCAGUGACAGUGAGGGGUCUGACCUAGAUGAAAACUGCAGUCAUCCCAUAUCAGUUAGAGAAGAAGGAGACCGCCGUGGCGCUGUACAUAGCAGACAACCCAGGACUGAAGGUAUUGAGAUACUUGUGACUUUUCCAAGAAAUGCCAAUCAUUCCCAAGACAUGAGCCCAGAAGAUUUCAAAGCAAACAGUCAGGGAGCCUUGGGGCACCCGGAGCUGGCAGGAACACCAUGUGGUUCUCUUCCAAGUAAAAUGAACGCAGUGAAUCUCAGGACAGACUUGCAGACCACGCCACCUCUGCUUCUCAAGAAAGAGGAGAGCUCCAAGGAGCUCUGUCAUGUCAAGUUGGGCUUUUUGCUGCCAAGCCCUUGCCUGGGACCCACCAUCUCUAAGUCUGUAACCCGAGAAGUCGAUCCUUGUUUUCUGAAGUGGCCACAAAGAAAAUCUGAAGAAUUUUCUACAUCUUACACAAAGCAAAGUAGCCGAAUGGAGUUCCCUCUGCCACCACUAUCACUGCAGCCCAUGAGAUCUGGUAUCUUGACCAUUCCCCCAAAUCACAAGUUUCCAAAGGAGAGAGAAAGAAAUAUUUCAAGUCAAACAUCCUUUGUACCUAAGCUCUCCAAGCCUGGAAGUCAAUCUAAUGAGUUUAGUCCAUCCAGCACGCAACAGGAAGACCCAGGGAAGAUGCUGGUGGAUCAAACUCUCAGGUCAUCGGACAGCUCCAUUUGGUCAAGAAAUAUGUGCUCAUUCCGCAAGGCUGACCAUCUAAGACAAUAUCCGGAGGGGGAGGUGAACAGGCAAGUCAAGGAAGGAGAAGGAUGGGACAAAAUGGGAAUCUCUCACUUUGAAAAGGGGCAUUCUCUGGUGGCCUUUGAGAAAUGUAAGGAAGACAAUAUUCCUGCAGAUACAGCAGUGAAGAGUGAUGACCACGGUAGAGAAAUGAGGAAAGCAGAAGAGAAUUCUCUAUCCAUUUCAUCAGGAAGGAAAGAGGGUUCAGGAGUCAGAAACUACAAGCAGGAUUUAGAAAUUGUGUGUCCCAUUCCAACUAAUCUCCCAGAAGCCCAGCAUUCAAGAAUAACUACAAACCCCAGUGAAAACAUUAGAAAUGGAAAAUCUGAUUCAAAGAACAUUUCAUUUUGUACGAGUGAAGGAAUGGAAUCCAACAAUAUCUUACAGGAGCUUACUGUAUCUGAAAGCUUGACCCAUGUAGACUCUGAUGGUCCCUCUGGGAAACUCCUGGGAGAUCAUGAUGACGUGGAGACACCCGUAAAAACAUUGAUAUCAGAAGAAACCAAGCCAGCAACAAAUGCAAUGGUCCCUCUUGCCCAGAUCACUUUCCCAGGAGAUAGAACCCCCAAGGAACCCGAUGUAGCCAAACCUAGUCUCCAAAAAAGAAAGAGCACCAUUCAGAGCAGUAGCCAUGCUUGUCUUGCACACCCAGAGAAUGACAAGCGUAAGUUGAAUACUCACAAGAAUAAGUUGGAUUCCCAGACGAAGACAAGUAACAAGACACCUCAGAACUUCAUGAUCUCCAUUGAAGGGUUGAAUAAGCCUACUACGCAUCAAGCCAGCAUAAAAACUCAGGUUUUCCCUGCUUUGAGACUAGUUGAUGCCAGGCCUCGGCAACAGCCCAAGUUUCAAAGGAUUAUGCCACAGGUGGAAAAGAAGUCAUCAGUUUACUGGAUUCAGAAACCUAAAAAGCCAUCAUUUCCUUGCAUCUGUAAAAAUUCAGGGAUAAAAAAAUCACAUACUCCUCUCUCUGUUCAACCAACUGAACAGAGAUUGAGUUAUCUAGAUCUCAAAUAUAGUGACAUGUUCAAAGAAAUCAACUCAGCUGCUAAUGGACCAGGAAUCUAUGAAAUGUUUGGGACCCCUGUUUACUGUCACAUGAGAGAAGCUGUCCGGCAUACAAACCGAUAUUGCCGUGAGAUUUGCUCAGCUCCAUCUGGUGGAUCUGUCACCAACAAAUGCCGAUCUUCACACAAUGAAAGGAACAGCAAUGGCAGAACAAGACUUCCCCAGAAAAGACUACAUAUCAAACCCCCAAAGGCUGCUCUUGGCAUUAAACCAAAACCCAAAGUUGUAAGUGUUAAAGAAAAAGGCUGCAGGUCUGUAGAGAGCAAACUGCAAGAUACUGAGGAUGGUGCUGGUAUUUCAGAGCCAGGUCAACAGACAAAGUCUUCAGAAAAUGGCUUUAUAGUCACAAAAGAUGAAGUUCAGCCCAUGGACUUGGUUCAGUCUCCUGAGACGUCUACUGAACGGGACGAGUCCCUUCCUGUUGAAGGAGUGUCCAUAGAAGAGUCUGCUAAUGGAAGUGUUUCUAGCACUCAGAUACUCACCAUGAGCCUUAGAGAUCUACAAGAACUGGAAGGGCUGUACUGUCAGACCUCGUGUGUCCCUUCAGAAAACAGCUGGGCACUGCCCAGAGAGAAGAGUUCUGACAAGCAUAUAUUGCAAGAAAAGCAAGAUACAGCAUCUCUUGAUAGCCUAAAUGCCAGUCCAAGGUUCACUAACAACUUGGAGUCUGAUAGCUUUUCAGAUGUGUCUAAAAUGUUCAUGAGUUUCCCUUUCCAAGAGAAACAGGAAAGGACCUCUUCCCCAACAUAUCAGCACAGGACACGUUCAGUGGAUCAUGAUAGUUUUGCAGAUAGGUCAAUCACAUAUCAAACACUCGGAAAAAAUUUAGUUUCCCAAGAAAGGCUGGACUCCGUAAAGAAGGAAGAAUUGACUGAUGAGCUCUUAGGCUGCCUAGUGGCAGAACUGUUAGCACUUGAUGAGAAAGAUAACAGCUCUUGCCAAAUAAUGGCGAACGAAGCAGAUCCUGAAAACUCAGACCAUGUCCUCAGUAGGAGAGGAUGUAGUACGAAGGGACUGGGCACAAACACAACAAAUGUCAAGAUGCAGAGGUAUAAUAAUGGGUUCAGGAUACUUGACGGGGAGGAGCAAUUUCUCAGUGCAAAUGAAAAGAAGACAUUUUCUGAGACUAGUUUAAAGAAUGAAGACUCUAUCCUGUGGACCAAGGGUGAAAUCCUUGGGAAGGGAGCCUAUGGCACAGUGUACUGUGGUCUCACGAGCCAAGGGCAGCUAAUAGCUGUGAAACAGGUGGCUCUGGAUACCUCUGACAAGUUAGCUACUGAAAAAGAAUACCGGAAACUUCAGGAAGAAGUAGAUCUUCUCAAAGCACUGAAACACGUCAAUAUUGUGGCCUACUUGGGGACAUGCUUGGAAGAAAACACUGUAAGCAUUUUCAUGGAGUUUGUUCCUGGUGGCUCAAUCGCCAGUAUUAUAAACCGGUUUGGGCCGCUGCCAGAAAUAGUGUUCUGUAAGUAUACGAAGCAAAUUCUGCAAGGCGUUGCUUAUCUCCAUGAGAACUGUGUGGUACAUCGAGAUAUCAAAGGGAACAAUGUCAUGCUCAUGCCAACUGGAAUCAUAAAGCUGAUUGACUUUGGCUGUGCCAAGCGUUUGGCUUGGGCAGGCUUGAAUGGCACCCAUAGUGACAUGUUGAAGUCUAUGCAUGGUACUCCAUACUGGAUGGCCCCAGAAGUCAUCAGUGAGUCUGGCUAUGGCAGGAAGUCCGACAUCUGGAGCAUCGGGUGCACUGUGUUUGAGAUGGCCACAGGAAAGCCACCGCUGGCGUCCAUGGACAGGAUGGCAGCCAUGUUCUACAUCGGAGCUCACCGAGGGCUGAUGCCUUCUCUGCCUGCACACUGCUCAGAAAAUGCAGCUGACUUCGUGCGCGUGUGCCUGACCAGGGACCAGCAUGAGCGGCCUUCUGCCCUCCAGCUCCUGAACCAUUCCUUCAUGAAGAGAAGCCACUGA